CGCAUGUGCAAAGGCAUCGUGCGAAGCACGGAGUUCGAAGGGAACAACUUCGGUUCGUCGAUGGAUCCUACGCCGUGUUUAUCAGCGUUUAUUGUUUUUAUUUGCAGAGAUUAGUGGUGGAAUAAUAAUUGUGGGGAAUAAAUUUGCGAGAUUAUAACCUAACCGAGGUGUACGAUACGAGAAAUGCGUGCCGUGGGUAGUUGAUAGAAAAUUAAUUACAACCCCGAACAAGUUGGGACGUCUCGCGCGAGGCGAGACACUGAAUAAACCCGUACCGCUGAAGGAAGGCAGAGAAGUGGAAAUCAGUCGACCAUAGAAUCUCACUCCAAUAUAAUGCUUUCAAUUUUCUGGGCCUGUGAUAACGCCAGAACUCAGUGAUGUCUACCCCUUCGUCGUCGUCCAAGGCGUUAGGAGGAGAAAAACCAGGAGGUACAAGCCCUAGUCCCGUUGAAGGUGUUGAAGGUGUUCCAGGACCAAGUACACUAGAUCCUCUGCAAUCCGCACUUGUGCACGAUGGGGAGUCUGAGGAUUAUGGAGAAGAAGGCGAGGAAGAAGAAGAGGAUAGUAUGGAUGAAGAAAGCGAGACAAGUGAUGGGGGCAUGUAUUGCGAUGCCGAAUGUGGAGAAGAGAAUGAUGCCAACGACUGCCAUUCGUUAUCGUUGCAAUCAUCGCCGACAUUACCACCGAGACCUCUUAGUCCCAUACUUCACACAUGUGUUCCACUAGACGCAGUACAGCCUCAGAGGAAACGUAAAAGCGAAGCUGAGUCUACACUGCCCUGUAAAAAGCUUAACCCAGAGGAAAAGACUUAUAUUAUGGUUGUGAAACGGGUUGACGACAAAGGGAAGCAUGUGAGAAGCAUCAUUCCGACCCGAGACAAUCCCCCACCUGAAAUGAGCAGUUGGUUAUUACAGUUUCAGAGAUGGUCAAAUGCAGAAAGGAUGUUGGCUAUUGAUGAGCUAAUAGAAAGAUGCGAACCAACCCAAGUUCGGCAUAUGAUGCAAGUCAUCGAACCACAAUUUCAGAGGGACUUUAUUUCGUUACUCCCUAAAGAGUUGGCAUUGUCAGUCUUAGCCUUCUUAGAACCAAGAGAUUUAUUGCGAGCCGCGCAAACAUGCAGAAAUUGGCGCUUUCUUGCAGAUGACAAUCUAUUGUGGAAAGAAAAAUGCCGAGCAACCGGGAUAGAAGACCUUAAAGACCUACCUACGCCAAAACGUAAAAAUAGUCGAAAUUCAAAUAGUUGCUCCUCGCCAUGGAAGCAGGCGUAUAUGAGGCAGCAUAACAUAAAAAUGAAUUGGAGAACUAAACCGAUUCGUACACCCAAAGUCUUAAAGGGUCACGACGAUCAUGUCAUUACCUGUCUCCAGUUUUCUGGUAAUCGAAUUGUCAGUGGCUCAGACGACAAUACCCUCAAAGUUUGGUCUGCUGUUACAGGAAAGUGUUUAAGAACACUGGUUGGGCAUACGGGUGGUGUCUGGUCCUCACAGAUGUCUGGUACUACAGUAAUCAGUGGGAGCACAGACCGCACCUUAAAGGUUUGGAACGCAGAGACGGGCCAGUGCAUACAUACGCUUUACGGUCACACAUCGACAGUAAGGUGUAUGCACCUCCAUGGCAACAAGGUGGUCAGUGGCAGCAGAGACGCUACACUAAGGGUGUGGCAAGUUGAUACAGGGGAGUGUCUCCAUGUUUUGGUCGGACAUCUCGCAGCUGUUAGAUGCGUGCAAUAUGAUGGAAAACUCGUGGUCAGUGGGGCUUAUGACUAUAUGGUCAAAGUAUGGAAUCCUGAACGAGAAGAGUGCCUUCACACACUGCAAGGACAUACCAAUCGCGUUUAUUCCCUUCAAUUUGACGGUAUCCAUGUGGUGAGUGGAUCAUUGGACACGAGCAUUAGGGUAUGGGAAGUUGAGACGGGAGCGUGUAGGCACACCCUGAUGGGUCAUCAGUCUCUUACUUCGGGCAUGGAGCUCCGUAACAAUAUUCUUGUAUCUGGUAAUGCCGAUUCUACAGUCAAAGUUUGGGAUAUUGUUAGUGGGCAUUGUCUGCAAACUCUUUCCGGGCCAAACAAACAUCAAUCCGCAGUUACCUGUCUGCAGUUUAACAGUCACUUUGUGAUUACAUCCUCUGAUGACGGGACUGUCAAACUGUGGGAUGUUAAGACUGGAGACUUCAUAAGAAAUCUUGUGGCUCUGGAGAGUGGGGGUAGUGGAGGUGUAGUUUGGAGAAUUCGAGCAAGCGAUACGAAGCUGGUGUGUGCCGUGGGCAGUCGUAAUGGUACCGAGGAAACCAAACUGCUGGUUCUUGACUUUGACGUAGAGGCCAAAUAGUCUUCCCGUCUUUGGGCAAGACGACGCCUCUAUGUGACUUCUGUACAUACUAUAAUUAGGUAGCAUAACCAAUCUACUGUACAAUGUUCAUGUAUUACAUGGUGUGAUUGUGAUAAGACUGCAUGAAAUUAUUGUGAAGGGAGUUCUAAAAUGAGCGUUAGGUUCUUCACAAUGAAUAUUUGUUGAUUGUGGGUCGUACGUACUGCAAAGUACAAAUAUAAAAUUCAAAUCUUACGGCAAAUUGCGGAAUAUUAGGAGCUAUCGAAGUUAUUACGCAAUUGUUGGACAAUUCAGGAUAAAUCUUAUCAACGGAUUCAUACUGUUCUGAAAGAAUUCAAUUAUUGGCAUGUACAUAUUAUGUCCUAAGAGGAAGCAAGAUCUUAAAGGUUUACCGCGCUAAUCAGCUGAGUUCAUAGAACAAUUUACAGAAUUACCCCACGCUGAGAAAUCGCUAUAAUCAAAAUUUCCAUUCACACAGAGCUGAGCUGUGCCCCAUUUAUUUGAAUUGAAAUAAAGUUGAUUUCGUUUCUUCUCACAACUCAAUGUGAAACUUGUGCAACUCAUCAAAACUUUAACGUAAAACCUAGUUUUUUUUGUUUUUUUUAUCGAAUCAUCGAAGAAAUAUCGUAAGGAAUUAAAAUUAGCGACUUUGUAUGUACAAAGUUUGGCAUUUUUCUCUAGAUUGACUUCUUCGCUUUUAUCAUAUAUAUGAUGGAACAAAACCACUUACUCGUUCGAUAGUAAUAAAUGGGACACAGUGCACUUGACAAGUCCGCAAAAACUGCCCUGAGAUGUAGUAUGUCACGUUAACAUACGUUAAGUUGAACUAAAGUACAACGAAAAUAAUGGCCAGAAAUAUUAAAAAACAGUACGAAAACAUUCUAAAAAAAAAAUUAAAGAUCUUUGCUAUUCGCCGAUUCACUUUUUCUUCACCGGGCAACCGCAGCAGUGCAAAAAUUUCUUAGAAUAUAUCAGUUUCAAAUAUACGAGACCUACCUGAUGUUAUCUGGGUAUUUAGAAUGCUAUGCCGGGUUGAAAAGUCAUAUUUUAUCGCACAAAAUAUAUGUAUAUAUAUUUAUGAAAUAUAUAUAUAUAUUUUGUUCCCACGUAUCAUCCUCAGAUAGGAAUAGGUCGAGAAUUGGUGCAUAUAUACAUAUAUACAUAUAUAUAUAUAUAUCAAAAUUGAAUCAAUAACGCAUAUCUUCUGGACCUUGUGAUCUUCAAUGAUAAGAUUAUAGCAUGAGUACAACAAAAUGCAUGUUUUGUGUGCUAGAAUUUGACUUGGAAUUAAUAAUGUGGACACUCAGAAAGCAAACAUUUUUCAAUCUAUGCCAGUAAAGCAAUAAUUGUUGAUUGAUUUUUUUUUUUCCUCCUUUGUCUUUAUAAAUUCUGUUGAAUUAUUUUGAACGAAAGUGGAAACGAGUGAAUGAUUAGGGCAUUAUUAUUUUCGAAAGAAUUAUAGAUUUCGUUAAUUUUAUCAAUUACUAUUUAUUGCUGUUAAAUUAAUUCGCAUCGGGAUCUAGGUAUUGAAUACGGCGAUUGUUAAUUUGAAAGAGAAUAUUCCUCUUGUGAAUAUCGCCUGGAAGAAUAAAAAGAAUUUUUUUUAAUCUUGUAGAAAUUUAUUGUUUCAUUUGUAUUUACAUUUGGAAAAUGCCGUGCUAGAAAUAAUAUUAGUAUUUUACAAUCAACGAUGAUCUCUUCAAUGGAUCAAAUUGCACAGCAAUACCUACGACUAACAUACUAUUUAUCAAAGAAGAUUUAAAAAAACCGUCGGGUUCUACAGGCAUUUAGAAUCUACCUUCUAGCCAUCCCUAGAUUAUUAUAUUAAAUCUUGUCACGUAUCUUAUGCGCAUAAAAUUGACUGAUUAGUAAUUCCUUGGCUGCUAAAAGUUCAUAAUUACCGUAUUGAGUGAGACAUGUUCAUAACACGAAUCGAACACGGCGUACACUCCAGCCUAUACUUUAUAUUUAAGAUGGAUCCCAGCUAAUUCAAAGUUACUUAAAAAGAAAAUAGAAAAUAAAAUUCGGAUUCAACGGAAUCUAUGAAGGAUCUGUAAUGCUUUUGUUGAACAUGUGAUCAUCCGUUACGGAAGAUUACGUGCUUUACACACUAUCACAAUUUGAAUAAAUUUCGUUGCUAUUGCCCUGGCACAACAGAAAGCGAGGCGAGCAUAAAGUCAAUAAUAACUAACAUAAUCAAAGAAUUACACUUCUCGUCAUGGACGUUUCUAUUGUUAAUAUUAUUAUUACUGAGACUUGCACGCAAUUUUAAUUCAAUUCUGUUUUUGAAUAAUGAGAUCCUAAUGUAUGUGCCUAAAUUAAUGAGAAGCAUUAGGUGUUGAAAAAAAAAAAAUUCGGUAAAUUUUCUAUCUACAAUGAAUGAGUACAUGUAUAUCGUAUAUUUUCAUUGAAAUGAGAAAGAAUCUGCGGGUAAAAAAUUAUUGAUAGGUGGCGAAUAUUGUUGUGUAGUGGAAUGUAGAUUUGAUUUGCAUAUAACUUGCUAAAAGAAAAAUUACCAAUUUUUUAGGGUUGAAUUUCGUAUUUCACAAAAAUGUGUUAGUAUUAUAUGACUGAGGUGUAAAUCUAUAAUGGGCGUUGGAAGAAUUCAUUAUCAAUAUUGGAUUUCUUUUCUUACAGUAAUAUCGUUUUCAUAAUUCUCUAAAGGGCGUACAGCUAGGAUGAAAUUGAAUUAUCCAUAUUAUGUACAAGAUAAAAAAUUGAAACAUCAUUCAAUUACCGAGUAAUACAUAAUAGAAAAAUAACGAUUAAUCAGUGGGACAGUACGUGAGUUUUACGACCAUAAACAAUUUCGGCACGAUUAACAGUGAACAUUUAUUCAAGAAGGAAACAAAUUUGAGCUCGCCAUAUAUUAAUAUUCUGGUGAGAUGUCUUAUAAUGUAUAAUUGCUGCAUAAGCUGCAAGCAUUUACCACAAUUCGUGCCUAUUUCUCAUUAAUAUAAUGCAAAAAAAAUUAUAUGGCGAUGUAUUGGGGGAAUUAACUUGAGGAUAAGAUCUGCGGAGGGGCAAUUAAAAGCAAAUGUCAUUAAAAUUUAGGAUUGUAAUUAACGUAAUUCGUGGAUUUACCUAAGAUAAGAGGUACUAUAUUAUAUAUUAGCAUUUGUUCGAGAAUUUCUUCUAGUAUUGAGCAACUACUGUGAACCGAACAAAUAUUAACGAUCAUAAUAAUAACAAUUCUCAGUCAUCAUUCUCUACAAUACUUUACAAAUGUUUAAACUAUAUGUAUAUGUUUGUGUUUUAAAAACGGUUAUUCAAAUCGUAUCAUGGCUAUGAGUUCGGCAGCUUUUUACUCAAGCUUAAUAAUUAUUUGAUAAUUGUUUUUUUGUGCUAAAAUUGUAAUUAUGUAUCUCUUAAAUGAUAAAUCCAUGUACGAACUAGUUAAUUGUAAAAAAAAAAAAAAAAAAAAAACAGGAGGAACGGAAACGAAAUUAAAUCCAGAUAAUAUUUUGGAAAUGCAGUAAACGGGUC